AGAAAGGCAAACAUAUAUUGUAUUUUUGAAUGUAUAGUCUUUGUAUUAUAUUAAAAAAGUGAAGAAUUAAAAAUGUCAGCAAACAGUUCGAACACAGUAGGUACACCAAGAGGUGGAAAUCUGCAAAAUCGUAAUUCUCAAAGAUCAACACUUUUAAAAGUAGUGAUUCUGGGUGAUGGUGGUGUAGGCAAGUCAUGCCUUAUGAACAGAUUUGUGUCAAAUCACUUUGAUGAACAUAGUUUUCAUACCAUUGGAGUAGAAUUUUUAAACAAAGACAUUAAGAUCAAUGGAGAGGCAUACACACUUCAGAUAUGGGAUACAGCUGGACAAGAGAGAUUUAAAACUCUUAGAACCCCAUUUUAUAGAGGCUCUGAUAUUUGUCUGUUGACUUAUGCAGUCGAUGAUAGGACAAGCUUUAAAAAUUUAGCCCUCUGGAGAUCUGAAUUUCUUUAUUAUGCUGAUGUUCAAGAAGAAUCUACAUUUCCCUUCAUAGUUGUUGGAAAUAAAGUGGAUGUUCCAGAUUCUGAGAAACAAGUCUCCACAGAAGAAGCUAAAGCUUGGUGUACAGAAAAUGGAGAUCCUCCAUUGGUAGAAACAUCUGCAAAAGAUGCAACCAAUGUUGAAGCUGCAUUUGGUGUAGCUGUUGCUGCUUGGGCACAACUAGAAGCUAGAUUAGAACGUCCAUUGGUAGAAGACACAGUUGACCUUUCAAAGCAACAGUCUCCUCAUCGUUCGAGUUGUUGUAUGCCAAUAUCUGGUGCUGAGUCUAACAAAAUAAUUUGAAGAGAUAUCUUACCUGUCUGCAAUACUUUCAUCACAAUAAGGUGAUUUUUAUUAUUAAAAAUAAU